CGCGCCGCGCGCUGUGGGUUUGCACGCGGCUUCCCCGCCCCGUGCUGCCGGCCGCGGGCCCGCCGCUUGCAGGGUUUGCUGCCUUGGCGGGCCGCGCGGUUACGGGCUCACCCUGCGCGCCGGCCCAGCUCGCUGCCCACCCGUUUGCAGCCGCAGCACCCCCCCACCUCCAACCCCCGCCCUCCACGGCCGCCCUGGCUCUGUGCGGGCACCGCCGUGGCCGCUCGGGCUCACCCACGCAGCGCCGGCGUUGGUUGGUUGGGACCCGGCCCGGGCUCCGGGCAGCCGGUCAUGGCUUCCAAACUCCUGCGGGCGGUGGUGCUGGGACCCCCCGGUUCGGGUAAGGGGACGGUGUGCGAGAGGAUCGCCCGUAGCUUCGGGCUCCAGCACCUUUCCAGCGGCCAAUUCCUCCGGGAGAACCUCCGCGGCGGCGGCGAAGUUGGCGUCUUGGCAAAGCAGUACCUCGAGCGAGGCCUUCUGGUGCCGGACCACGUCAUCACACGCGUGAUGAUGACGGAGCUGGAGAAGCGGCGAGAGCAGCACUGGCUGCUCGACGGUUUCCCCCGGACGCUGGGGCAAGCCGAGGCGCUGGACAGGAUCUGCGAGCUGGACCUGGUGAUCAGCUUGAACAUACCCUUUGAGACGCUGAAGGAUCGCCUGAGCGCCCGCUGGGUCCACCCUGGCAGCGGGAGGGUGUACAACAUGGACUUCAACCCCCCCCAAACCCAGGGCAUCGACGACCUGACGGGCGAGCCGCUGGUCCAGCGCGAGGACGACAAACCCGAGGCCGUUGCUGCCAGGCUCAGAAAAUACAAAGAUGCCGCGAAGCCAGUAAUAGAGUUGUACAAGAGCAGAGGCAUCCUCCACUCCUUCUCGGGGACGGAGACCAACAAGAUCUGGCCGUACGUGUACACCCUGCUUUCCAGCAAGAUCCCACCCGUCCUCUCGGACGAGGAGAACUAAACAGCUUGUGCCAAGGACCAAGGGUUAAUUUGAUCACGGAUUCGGUUUCUCUGCGCGGUGCUGGGGCUGUGCUCAGAUUAGGUGAUCAUCUGGUAUCUAAAGUCCCUUCCCCGGGUGUACUGGGUGGCAUCGGUGGAUACACAGUUAUAGCCAGUAGCAGGGCCAAAUGAUCUUUGCUUAUAAGGUCAAGUCUGCUAGAAUAAGGUGGGUUUUUUUCUCUUUUGAGGCUAUAAAGUAUUCCUGCCUACAGUCCAAGUACACACACAGAUCAGUGAUGCAAACCUGGGUAAUGAUCCUACAAGGUUUACCCAGCUUGCCAUGAUGUCCUUGCCACCCCCAUGCGAACCCCAGUCUCUAUUUGAGCCUACAGUGUGCCAUCCCGCUGCUCCACAGUACCGUUUACUGCAGAUUCCUCUCUAGGUUAGGUUGUUUUUUUUCUAUAAAUUAUUUUCUAUUAAAAUUUACCUCUCAGAGAAAUAAAGCUCUAAAAAGUAAGACUUAGCCCAGCGGGAACUGGUGAGCAGCAUGGAAAAAGUGUACACUACGGAGCUCAGAAAUGUGAAGGUCACAUUUCCAGCUUUAAUGCACGUAAGAGAGGGAAAACAUUGGAGGUAAAACAUGCACUUGAGCUCAUUCCAUAGAGAGGAAAUCCCUCUUCUGAAAAUCUGCUGUACAGUCUUAGUUUUCAUGAGAUGCUGUGACACCGAGCAGGAUCUGUGCUGGGGAUGAGUUGCACUCCUUUGUGCUUACCUUGUUUAUAGCUUUUAAUACUACAAGAUACAGUCACGUCCUAAGAGUUUCUCCCAAAGAUUUAUUUUAAUGUGUGCUUCAGUUUUGGGGAGAAAUCAAGUCAUUCCAUCUUCUGUGCUGCCUUUGUCCCAGAGCUCCCCUGGAGAUGGGGUGGUCCCUAAGUGGUUCCCGCUGCAGCAUCCCCGGCAGAAGCGGCUCCUUCCCCGUGAAGCCCCGGUGGGAUGAGAGCCUUCCCUUCCUCGGGAUGCACGCAGGGGCUGCCGAGGGCCGUGUCCAGGCAUAUCCCUGAGAGCAUCGUCGGAGCGUGUCGCUCCUCUUCUCGUGGGCUUUGCGGCUGGGCGGAGAGGCUUUUCUCAACUGGAAGUACUGUAACCCUCAGUGGUGGUAGGAUGCAGUACCUAAGCAAUGGGGACAUUCUUUUGUCUCCUUGAGUUGCCUUAUUUUGUAGACUAUAUAUUUAAGAAAAAAGCAAGAUGUGUAUUUUUAAACGUUUAAAAAAAAAAUGCUGAAUUUUAGCAUCCACUUUGGGGAAUUCUGCACGAAGCUGCUUGGGUUCGCAGAGCAUGCUGCAGUCUGCCAUGGGUGGCUCAGCAGGAGGGCAGGAAAGCUGUCACUCCCCACCACCCGUUUGAUUAAUUAGAGCAGCCUGAGCAAGUUUCUGUUGCUGAAAUGUCACUGGUUUUAUUUUUGCUUGGAGAGUGGCCCUGCGGCAGGGGAGGGGGAGCUGACUGGCUUUUUUUAGGGAUGCAGGAGCUCUGCGUGUGAAAAUCCAGCACAUCCCUGGGAGUCUUUUAUCCCCGCUGAGCCACCCGCAUCCUCACGCUAUCAGAGGAGCCCCUGAUGAUUUUUUCUCUCCGUCGGAGGUAUUUUUGCCCUGGCUCUCUCCUGAUAACGGAGCGAGAAGCCGUCAGGCAUCUGCCGGGCGAGAUUGCGCUGCCUGCAGGUGAAAGUGCUGAUGGUGGCAGGGGAGGGCUCCGCAUCCCCCUCAGGAUGGGAAUUUCCCGGGUGGGAAGGGAGGGACUGUCAGGUUUCACUGUUGUCCCUGGGGGCCUUUCAAUCCCCCCCACAGCUCCCAGGCUGGGAGGACGCAAAUCUUCCACCCUGCGCUGAAAUCCUAUUUGAGAAAGAUUUUGGCUUUUCCCAUGACCCUCGGACGAAGGUCUGGGCCGUUUUUAAACACAAAUCUAGAAAUAGCCGGAAUGCACGUGCUGUUUUCUUUCUAACAGUGUUGAGCAGGAGGGGAAGAGAUGACAUGGGGGGGGUUUUUUGAGGCCGUAAAAACAGCCUGGCCGCGGCAGGCGGCUCUGCCGGGGCCGAGUGCUGGGCAGGGGGGCUGCUCCCUGCUUUGCCUUGCCUGGCUCUUGCGUCUCAUCCUUCCCUGCUUCAAAAUGCCUCCGGCGGAGAGGCUCACCCCACGCAGCGCCCAGCGGCAGGACAGGGCUUGCAGAUGGCUUUGCCCCAGGAGAGCCGCCCGAGCGCUUGUUUUAAAAGGCUUUGAGCCCUCUAGUAGAUGUAGAAAUCCCGUGACUGUGCACGCGUCGAGCCUUUGGGAUAGAUUUUUCUACAAGAGUUACCCUACGGUGCGUUUUCAUAGACCAAAUUACCAGCAGGGAUGAGGUCCUGGAGUGACACGUGUCCCUCACCUUUCCUUCCCGCCACGCUCCCCUUUGGUACUUUACUGUGAAUCUCACGCUUUUUUCUGAAGCGACAGCAAUUUUGUACCGACCCAAGAUACUGUGUGGUGGGAGGAGGGUCUCCCCGCGUGCGGGGCACCGCCGGCACAUCACGCCGAGUUUUCUUCCUGGAGUUUCUUCCCGGUGAAUCGCUGCAGCUGUGUUACUGCUCGGAAGAUGUAAAUAAAUUUUUUUCUCCUGCUUA